AGGGUAUGCAAAGAUUGAGAAAUUUCUCCACAUUGCCAAAUUUGUCCAUUUAUUUGUCCUCACACAUUGCAUUGGUGCGAUUCCUCGAUUUCAUCCACGAAGAGAGAAGGCAGCCAGUCGGUCCUCUUUCUCAUUCACACACGCAGCCCUUUCCGGGCUCGAGCAUGCAUGUCGGUCAGGCGAUGUCCCUCACUCACCCCAUCCUAUACACACACGCACCCACUUCCUCAGUGCAGCGACAGCCACAAAUACCACACCCUCACAAGAAAACACACUGGGUGCUGUAGAGCAGUCAGGCAUCGAAUUUAGGGAAAUACAGCAGCCAGCCAGCCGCGCAAACCGAAUCAAGGGAGCGCAGCUACCGGGAAGGAAAAAAAGGAGCGAGAGAGAGAGAGAGAGAGAGCUUCAAGACAGGGCGGCAAUCACUCACACACAGUAGGGAUUGUCUGUACUGUCUGUCCACGCGUCUGCCUCUCCUCGCAUCCCCGGGUGUGCAAUGCAUGCGCAUGACAUACAUGUGUAGGUAUCCUCUAUUGACCUUCCAGUAGCGACUCACAUCCGCCAGGGAUGGUACCAUCCCUGGCGGAUGUGACUCGCUGGUGGAAAGUCAAUGAAGAAUGCCGACACGUGUGACGCAUUGCCCCCACCAUGAAUGAAUCCUGCGGCUCUGGUGGCGAUCUGUGUCUUGUCGCGCAUUUCAGGGUUCUUGGCCAGCCACGUGCCGAUGUACUUCUCAGUCAGCCAUGAGUGUGCUGGGCAGUCGGCGCCAGAUAAAACUCUGCACACGCGGGAAGACAAAGAAAAAACUAAGAAAACAUGCACUCCAUCACCCCUUUCCUUGAUGGCGCAGCCGAGCUGUGCGUCCGCCUCACCUCAUUGCUCUGACUCCUCCCCAGGUCAUCGUACCAAGACUGACGCACACACAUACACACACCGUUAACGAAGAGGGGUGAAUGCAUCAUUCUGAUCACUUGCCAAACAGGUGAGGUGUGACCAUCAUAUCGCUGAAGCCAAGCCGCCAGCCCCCGCUUCUGUGCAGAUGAAGACGGCGGUGAGCUCCUGGUCUGUGCGAGUCGCCUCAGCGGGCUGAUGAACGCAGAGGGGAGGGCCAGGCACGGCGGCAGCUAGGCCAACCACCAUGACCAGCGUGAGCACCG